GUAUCCACGAUUCCCCUAGAUCUGUCACCAGUCCACGUUUUUGUCUAACCUCAACCCACAAGUCGGAACAUGUUUAAUUCACCCAAAACAACAAAUAAAACAAGAAUUACGCCGUAACUUCCAGUUACAACGUUCUGGUUACUACAAGGAACCAAAUUUUAAUCAAGUUUCCAGAAUGUCGCUGUUUUCGGCCCCCACAAAGUCAACCCCGUCUUCGAUUCUCAAGAAGACCCCCAGCAUCAAAAGCACGUUAAACCGUUCCCUUAAAAACACCACCCCUAGUAAAGUUCGUUUCACGUUACCCCAUGCCAAGAAAGUCCAGAGUAUCCUACGGGAUUACAUUGACAAAAGUAACGCUAAAGAGUACGAAAAUUUGGUGUGUUUAAUCCGAGACGCGGAACUCCUGGAUGAGGAUAUUUCGUCGCUACUUAAAGAAGCCACUGAGUGUAUUUCAAUCAUGAAAGAGGAUUUGAGGUUAUUUGUGGAGGCGAUUCUUUUGAUAAAUUGGGUUGAUCGGAACAAAAGUGUGGUCAAAGAGUAUCAGUUGUUUAUUGCUAAUCUGAUUUCAGCCCAUAAUUAUCACGCGGAGUGUGUUAUAAAUAAAUUGGUGUCUUUGUUUAUACCUGCUUCUACUGACCCGGAGUGGGAGAAUGGAAGUCCAAGUAAAGUGGACUAUAAGAAGUGUCAGAACGUCCAUGCACUGAUAAUAGAAUUGCUACGGGUGGCACCUUUGUGUAAAGACUUACUAAUGCAAGCUCUUGUAGACCAGUUUCCUUACAUGAAUAAAGGCACCCAUGUUCAUGAAUACUUCAUCCAGAAUGUUCUAUGGGUCCUUUACUACCAGCCAAAUUUGCGUCCAGACAUACUACAUUUAAUCUUUUCAAAGUUAAUAGUAAUGGAUGUCAACGCCCCCCGUGAAGAAAUCACCAAACUUCAGGAUGAUGACGACAUUUUCAUGAUGGAAGACGACGCCAAAUCCAGCGCUACGUUAAACCUGGACUCCAUAGCGCACACUCUUGACGUUUGUCUGGACAAAAUGUUCAACUACGUCUACUCAGAGUGCCAUGAAGCCGGUACCACGCGACUAAAUUGGUCAAAAACCAAGCUCCUCUAUCACGAUUUACUAACCACGUUUGAUAAAGUCAUUUUACCCACUUACAAUACUCACCACGUUCAGUUCGUCAUGUUUGUUUUGUGUUCCUUUAAAACCACCCUAGUUGAAGGAUUUUUCAAUUUUCUUUGGAAGAAAGUGUGCAAUCCGAACGUACCGUCGGUUUUGCGACAGGCAGCGGUCAAUUAUGUUGUUAGUUUUAUGGCACGAGCGACGUUUAUCCCGUUGUCGAUGUUGAAAGGUACGUUGCAACAGAUGGCGGACUGGAUUCAUGCGUACAUUGCGACGCAAGAUGGUCUUGAAUGUGUAAAUUCGGACCUAAGAAUACAUGUAGUUUUUUACACAGUUUGUCAAGCGUUGUUUUAUGUUGUUGCAUUCAGGCACAAGGACUUAGUUAAUACAAAAAAAAAUGUUGUCUUUCUGGAGAGUCUAAAUUUAUCGAAAAUAGUCACUAGUAGGUUAAAUCCGUUGCGGGUGUGUCAGCCUGCGGUUGUUCAAAAUUUCGCAGCUAUAACUCGAAAGUAUCAAUUAGCCUAUUGUUAUUCUGUGAUUGAACAUAACUCACGAAAUAGUAUGCCUACGGUGUAUAGGGACGACAAGGGCUAUAUUUCUAUAUCUAAUAACGUUUUAGAAGCGUUUUAUCCGUUUGAUCCGUACGUUUUACAAAGGUCUGCAGCCAAAGUGCACCCGUUUUAUCGCAACUAUAAAGAAAUUAAUUUAGAUAUUAGCGACGUCGAUAUGAAAGAAAUCGCCGAUGUGGACGAUUUUCUAGAGCACGAACUUCCGCUCACUUCAAAAUCGAAGUUUUCGUACGGAACGUCGCCGGGUUUUAAAUUCAAAGCAUGAACAAAGCUGUAGAAUUUGUGAUAAUUUUUAUAAAAAGUAUAUUUUGUUUAUAUUUAUUUAUUGACUAGAAAAUAAAUCCUGAGUGAGA